AUGCCGCUGCAAGAAGUCGACUUUUUAGAUUUCAUAUACAACUACUUCAAAGCCGAAUACGCCCCAAUCCGCUCUUUCUGGUCUACCGCAACGGCCGACCCUCGCCAACCAUCGCGAUGGAUCAACAUGGGCCACGAACUGUCGCCGCUCGGUAUUCGACCGGCAAAUGCACAGGCCCAAAAAGAUCUCGAGUCGCUCGACUAUUUCGCAAGGAAGUGGAAUCUAGAUGCGGGAUUCGUGAGGGGUUUGGUGAUCCGGUUUGCCAAGUAUGAGGUACAUGAACGGUUGGAGAAGAAGCUCUUCGAAUGCGCAAGACUUGACUUGAUGGUCCGCAAAAGUCUGAAGGAAAAACAUCUCCUCGAUGCGUUGUGGCCGUCCCCUGCGCCGAAGAAUUUACCACAUGAGCUGCUACAGCAGGGUGUACAGGUCAGGAAGUGGUACGGCGACAUGUUCAACAAGUACUUUCGUGUACUACAUUCGAUUGACUCGUUUGAACUCCGUCCUGACGUCGAUCUGCACAUCAAGAAUAGUGGAACGUUGAUGCUGGUUCCCUUUGUAGAUCAUUUGGUAUUCGGGGGCGUGGAUCCAAUCAUGCCAAUCGUCGCGAAAGGAGCUGGGUAUUCGAAUGCCAAGGGCUGGGAAAGAAGAGACAAAGUCGUGUUUGGGGAGCCGGGGAGAUUUGAGGUCCGAUUCGAUGCACCGGCAGAGAUCACAGAUACGUAUACGAAGAGUGUGGUUAGGCAGUGUCAGUGUAUGAAGUGUGGGACAAGAAGAGACGUACAGGUUGUAGUGUCUGUUGAUCCAAACCCGAAUGCAGGAGCUGUUGCCUCUAUAUCAACGGCGAGUGGUUCGAGGAGUGCUAAUUCCUCAGAUCCAAGGCGGCAGACAUCGAGAACGGCCCAACCCAACACCCAGAGGUAUUCCCCAGGCUAUACCCUCCCGAGUGAACAGGGAAGUGCUCCCCAACGACCGCCGCGACCCCAAGCCCAGGAGCCAGAGGCCCCUCGAGCAUCAACGCCGGAAAGGAAGAAACAAUGCCCUCGCUGCACUUUCCUCAAUCACCCCGAGCUUACGGCCUGCGAGAUGUGCCAGGCCGAUUUACCAGACGCAACGAUAGCGAAGCCUCCGAGUCCCGUGGCAGUGAAGAAAUCUAAGCACUCUCAUUCAGCAUCUGUACCACCUCCCACCUCAGCGAAUACACGGACAGCCAAUCUGAAAGAAGAGGCAAGACCAUCAGGCCCAAAUCGACACAGUCUCAGCCAGUCCUUAUUCUCUAUCUUCCCAUUCUCGCAGCAGCACCAGCAAGAACACCACGCUAAGCUACCAGCUACACAGCAAAUAGAUACAUCAUCUACCACCACCACCAAAGCCAACCAGCAGAAUGCCAUGGCAAAGCAGGAUUCACGCCCGUCCUCGAAGGCCGGAAAGCAACCCAGCGCUGAACCACGCGCCAGCCACCACACAGACGCCCCUAGAGAGCGCACCCCUCCACUGCCAUCAAGAAACUACAUAGACGCCGAGCCAGAAACACCACUCUCCCGUGCCCCCGAGAUGACCAUGAUGCCCUUGACUCCGUCGCCACGAAAUUCCUCUACCUCUAAGCGUCCCGCACCCGCUGGCCUUCCAAGCAACCUCAUGGACGACUUUGUCCCCGUAUCGCCUGCCUUCGCCCGCGAAGAAGAGGAUGAGGACGCUGGAUGGGGGGAGAUGAGCCGGGAGGAGGCACGGAAGGGGGACUCGAGUGAUGAUGACGAUGAAGAUGAUGAUGAGGUAGAGGGGAGGAAGAGUGGGGGUUUGAUUGAUCUUGAUGCAGUGGCUCGGGAUGAGGCUGAUGUUUGGGGUGAGAGGGAGGAUUGA